AAUCCACCAUUCCACACCCAGCGCACAGCGACGAACAACACAACAAAAGUCGUAUUUGUAAUCCCAAAACGGCAGUGAAUGGAUUUAUAAGGCCAUUAUAAAGCGUUAACGAAUCUGUAGUCCAACAAUCCCACAGCGGGAGUAUCGACUUCGUAAAGGGUAGAAAAGCGGUUGAUAUGCUCAGUGUGAGCGUACAAUGUACAUGGGCUAUACACCGCUGAAAUCAUUUUGGCACUCCAUAAUUCUACGCAGCCCUUGAUGUGCGGUUUUUCCCAUUUAAUCAGUCAUUUAUUUCCCAUCUGGAGGAUUUUUGUUUAAUGACUUAUCCCUUACAUUUUCACCUCUCAACAUUGUUUACUCUUAUGUCACAGCGCCUCUGGAGCCUGGACAAACGGGCGUCAUAAAUGGCAAGCGCGGUGUAAUGUUGUGUAACUCGAGUUCUUCCCGGAUGACCUUCCCUUUUCCCUGUCAAUACUAUUCUUAGAAACACUUUAACAUUCUCUUAAGACUUUCUGAAUUAAAUCGUUUUUGCAAUUUAAAUGUACUUAUCUACCAAAUUACUACCCCAAUGUAUCAAAUAAUUUAUUUAAACUGCCGACAAGCUAGACGCCAGCGACAGACAGACAGUCUGACAAGUUAUUUCAUACCUGUACCCCGAUGAUACCAUACUACCAAACUCGUUAAAGAUUACUGUGUUUUAUUUUACGGGUACUCGUACAAUAGGUUCUGCUUCUAAUUUUUUAAAAGCGCACAGUUCUGUAUUAACGAGUGAACGAAUACCUAUAAUGCCAAAAAAAGCGUGGCAAAUUAAUAGCGGUUAUUAAUUUUUUCCGCAAGUCCAAACAAAUGUUGUGUCAAUUCAGAUCUUUCGAACAUCUAUACGAUGUUUUAUAUGACCUAAGUCCUUAAGUAACGAAAAUGUUAAGGAAACCAGCCAAACAAACUAUGCUAAUUGGUAGCAAAGAUAAUUAAUUCCGUUUCGUAUAGUUACCCUACCCGAUUACGCCUUUGCGCGCACAAAAUCGUUACCAUUAAUAAUUUAUUUGUUGAUGUAAAUGAACUAAAAAUAGUUAAAGCGAUCGCAAGCUUCGCGAUUUUUUAAUUGCAGCACAUCGCAGUCCAAGGAACGUGAUUUGCUUUGAAAUUUUAUGCACGUUUCAUGCAGUAUGAAAAUGCUGAACGAUGUUUCUUACCAUGUACUGAAAUACAACUACUCGCACAUAUGCAACCAUGAUUCUUUCUUUGUAUGCGGAAAACUAAUCGGCAAGGAAUAAAUUAGCGCCGAUCGAAGAGGAAUUUUAUAGGGCCGCCACAGGGCACAGUUGUCUAAGCAUGGUCGUAUUUAUUUGAUGGGCAUUGUCAUUCACACAUUCACAAUCGUAUGUACCAAGCGCUUUUCACGCCCGCUUGAUCAGUUAGCAUUAGAAGCCUGUAUUAACAUCUAACGCGAAAAAGCUCGGUUUGGAUGGGCUGGUUGGAUUAUUUCUUCUCUUGUUGAAUUCACAAGUCAGUUGAACAUGCAGCCAGCUUGCAGAUGCGGAUUCCAGCAUAGAGCGUAAAUCCCAUUAGGCUUUUCAUUUGUGUUUCCACCGAAAUGACUAAAGAUUACUGUAGCAGCAGAGAGAAAGAUUAUCUUUCUCUCUGGUAGCAGUGUCAGUGCGCAAAGAUCCGGGUUGUAGUGUUGGCAUAUAGUGCGCUUAUCAUAACUCUAACUAAAGUUAUGAAUAUUCUGACAUGCAACUUGCAAGUGCAUGCAAUAUGAUGUAAAUUGCAAGUAAUAUGAUGUAAAUUUCUCGACAAAUGCUUGAACCAAAUUCGUAAAUAUGUCUAUCGUAGCUACUAUAACCUUAAUAUAAGCAUCAGUUAUGGCUACGGAAGAGGACUGGCUUCUGAAACUGGACACGCUGAAGGAACUGAAACUACAACAUGAAAAAUUGAGUGCCCUCAUGGAAAAUGUCAAGAAUGUCCACAAGCUGCAACAAACCGAGAGCAAGUGUCUUAAUGAUUUUGAUGCGGAAAUCAAACUCCUUAGGCAAGAACUGGAUCGACACGUGGAAAUCAUCAAAUUGAUCAACAAAGAUAUCGAAGAUAUGGAUCGUAUACACAAGCAAAGCAAGGAAUACAGGGAAAAAUUGAACCGGAACCUUCAUGAAUUGCUGGAGGAAUAUGUGCCUUUGAAUGAGAAUGUCAAUAAACUCAGAUCUGCAUUGGAUUUGGAAAGGCUACCUGAAUUGGCGGAAGAGGGAAUUCAGAUACCAGCAUCGGUUAUCGCGGCAGCUGCCAGGCACGAACAAUUUUCCCGCUUCCCUGGUGGCUUUGCGGUCAGCAGUUCCGGUGACCUUGGCGCAUUUCAUCCUGUUUUGCCGUAUAACCAAACGCAUCCGCCCAUGCAGCCUCUCCCGCCGAGCUCGCUUAACUCAGCCGCAUUGGGAAUCUGUGAUUCCGGCUUUCGUCAAAAGCAGCCUCCAAUGAAGAAAUGUCCAACCUGCGGUAACGAUAUCCACAGAAAUGCACCGAUAUGUCCUAUUUGCAAAUCGAAAAGCCAUUCAAAAAAUCCGAAAAAGUCUAAGAAGAAGCCGCCGCCUCCCAAUUAGACAGCAUCGGUACUCAAAGGUGCAUCUUCCAGAACACUGACUGCAGUCAUUGUACAGAUACAGUACUACUUACUGUCUUAUGAGCAGUGAAAGACGUGAAAAAGUUUGCAUUGUUAAAAAUCUCCUUAAAUGCGAUGUCCUCCGAUUCGAUGUCCUUGUGCACAUUUUGUUGCUGAUAUAUGCCUCUCAAGCACGUACCGCUCAUGAUAAAUAAUGCUGUUGUCGCGGCCUGCAGUUUAUUAUGUACA